AUGGACAAGGACUCUGAGAACACAGCAGAUCAGAAUGAAGAAAAGUCAGAUAUCAGUAAGCCUCCAGAAUCUCCACUGUCUGAUGCCUCAGCAGAGAAGGCCGCACAAGGCUCUGACACUGACCUAGAUGUUGAAGAUCCUGGGAAAGCCUUUGGAGGUGUUAGGGGUGCAGAGCUGUACCUGGAAGCAUGCAGACUGAUGGAGGUGGUGCCUGUCUCACACUUUGCUCAGAACUUAGCCAAGUCUUAUAUAAACCUGAACCACCAUGGUCUAGGACCCAAAGGUGUCAAAGCCAUUGCUAUUGCUCUAGUGUCCAAUGCAACUGUCACCCACUUAGAGCUGGAAGAUAACCACAUUCUGGCAGAAGGAGCCAUAUGCAUAGCAGAGAUGUUACGAGAGAACUGCUCUAUUCGAGAACUGAACAUUUCCAAUAACCACCUGGACACAGAAGGGGCUGAAGCCAUUGCCAGUUUGCUUUUGGAAAAUGCAUCCUAUCUCCAUACUCUUCAGCUCUCAGGAAACAGUUUUGGAGAGGAAGCUGCAUCAUGCCUUGCUGACGCAUUAAUGAGCAAUUACCAAGUGAAGAAGAUGGACCUCAGCCACAAUGAGUUCUCUGAGAAGGGAGGACAGCUCCUAGGACAGAUGCUCGCUGUCAAUACAACACUAGAGAUUCUGGAUCUGAGCUGGAACCACCUGAGGAGGAAGGGAACAGCAGCAUUUGGCACAGGUCUUAAGGGCAAUGCUGCACUGAAAACACUCAACCUGUCUUGGAACAACAUUGGGAAUGAGGGAGCACACGCCUUAGCAGAAGCUCUCAAAGUUAACAAUGUGCUGAUUCACCUGGACAUCAGCAACAACCAGAUCAACAAUGAGGGAGCCAAGAAGAUUUGCAAAGGCCUUAAAGUCAAUGGAACACUGAAAGUCCUGAAGAUGGCCAAUAAUCUCUUGACCGUAGAAGGUGCCACUGAGCUAGUGGGAUCUGUCAGAAAGAACCCCAAUUCCAUGAUGGAAGAGAUCAACAUCUCAAAUGUCCUGGUGAAUGAAAAUUUCAUCAAGUUGUUGGAGUUAGUGUAUCAAACACGCCCUGAACUAAAUGUUAUCUACGGGGAGGUUGAAGGCUGCAUCUCCAAAAUCUCCAAGCAGCAUCCAAAUCCUAUGAAAGUGAUUCAGAAAUAUUUGAAUGAACACAACCUACGACUCUGGGACUUCUUUAGGAAAAUUGACAAGGAAGGAAACAUGAAGAUCCCUGUGUCAGACUUCAGGAGAGCCAUGAUGCAGCAAUCAAACAUCCAACUGGAUCGAGUCCAAAUUGUGGAACUAGUGCGAAAACUGGACCAGAAUCAGACAGGGAUUGUAGACUAUAGUCACUUGAAAGAGCAGAAGCCAGAACAGAAAGCUGUGAAAGAGGAAAUAAAGGAGGAGAUGAAAAAAUGA